AUGGGUGCAAGCAUCAGAGCGGCUGAAUCUGAAGAACAUCGUCAACAUAUCAGAGAUAUGAAAGAAAUUCACGCCCUGCAGGAGAAAGAAAAGAGGAAGAAGAAACACAAGAGAAAAGAGAUGUCAGCUUCCGAAAGACCAGAGGUUGUUACAGAAGAAGUUCAGUCACUGAAUGACUUCGUCGAUGCUUUGAUAGUAGAUCCUGAUGAAGCCUCAGUGAGCAAGAAAACGACAGAUGAAAGAUCUUCCAAAGUAUCUCCUGUAAAGCCGACCAGGUUUUCAAAACCCCCGGUCCCUCCACAAAGGGUUCGUCCCUUUCAAGAGCUUUACGAUAAACUCAUCAAAGACACCGGUCCAUCUGUUGCCAAGGAAAUCUGUCUUCUCAAAAACCAAGUAAACGACACAAACAUCCUGAGAGAGAAGAUUAAAGAUCAGCGUAAGAAGAACAAAGAGAUGAACGCCUACAUGGCCAAGCAAUCAAAGUUUAUCAGAUUUCAGCAGAUGGGGAUAGAGAAAUUGUACAGAAUGAUGAGAAAUAUGUGCGAGCAGAUGAAAAUAAAGCCUAUGUUCUCCUUUGAUGAAAUCUUAGACUUUGAAACUUUCAUAGAAGAAGAAACUGCCAGAAAGGAGAAAGAAGCUGAAACUAAGAAAAGACGUCUGGAAUCAGUCGAGAAGGUGACUGAAGGAGAUGAAAGUGAUGAAGAAGAAGUUGAUAGAGAUGAUAUGCCGUCCAGAUUCAUUGAAUGGGGUCUAGAAGAAGAAGUACUGUGGGAUUUACGUGAGCAUGGCCGUCUGGACCUUCUAAAUCCAGAUGAAAGAGGCAUUGGCAGAGACUUUCAACGCCUGAUCGCUAAAGAAUGCAACAAGGGUUUCCCUAAUCAUAGCCCACAGCGUCCAAGACGAAGAGUGUCGAAAACAACCAUAGUUCCAGUAACAGGGAAAGGAAAGGUGACGUGGGUGAUCAACCCUGCUAAAGUUGUCACGAGAAUCAAGCUUCCUGAAGAAGUUGUUGUUGCUCUCAAAGAUUUCAAGAAAUGGUUUUAUGACAGCAAAACAGGCGAAGCUGUGAUCAGAUCCAACGAAAACGUGGAUAUCCGAAUCUUGGAUCCUAUGGAUGUAUUUAUGUUUGGUCUCUCCGAUCUAACGGUGUUGAAUGCAAGCCGCAUAAACGUGGGGGCUAGAAAUGCAAAUCUUGAGGAGGCUAUGCUAUUUCAGAGACCGGUAGAAAGAGCCUGGAAGAUAAAGAGAGAAAUGCUGGAUCUUGUAGACAAAAUUGAGAAAAGAAAAGAAACAGAAGAAAAGAAGAAGGAAGCAAGGAAGAAAAAGAAUCAUGAACGAAAGAAAGAAAGGACCCCUGCUUCAACAACUGAACCCACCACAACAUCAUCACCUCCGGCCUCAUCUACAUAUGAGGCCACUAUGGAGGAUCAACAAAUUAGUGAAGUUGUUACUACUCAAGAAACUCCAGCUGCACCAAUCGAAACUCAAGCACCACCAGAAACGACAACGAACGAAGACAAUCCCAAAGAGCCUGAAAAGCCAGCUACAGAGAAUCCAGCGGAAACAACUGAAGAAUGA